AUAAAGAAGCAACGACUGCACCGCAUCGCGGUGUGGCCUAUGACUCAUGUCAAUCAACGUUCUCGGAUAAAGCGACUGCUUUUGCAAGCGGCGAGCGCCCUAGUUUCCUUAUAUGGCUUAAACUUUAAACAUUACUGCCCGAGGUCGGAACAUACAUUUUGACGUUAAACCACAUCUGAGCAACAUGUUUAUGUACGAACCUCCUAAACUUAAACUUACUUCUGUGGAAGAGUUCCAGGAGGCAUUCCAGUUGUUUGACUCUAGAGGAGAUGGAAAAAUCCAUGUGGCCCAAAUAGGAGAUGCACUCCGAGCCCUGGGACAGAACCCUACAGAGUCAGAUGUCAAGAAAUGCACUUUGCAUUUAAAACCUGAUGAAAGAAUAUCCUUUGAAGUGUUUCUCCCCAUAUAUCAGGCAAUCUCCAAGGCCAGAAGCGGAGACACUGCCAAUGACUUCAUCGAGGGUCUCCGUCACUUCGACAAGGACGGCAAUGGCUUCAUCUCUUCUGCUGAGCUUCGACACCUGCUCUCUACUUUGGGAGAGAAAUUGAGUGAUGAUGAGGUGGAGCAAUUGCUACAGGGACAGGAGGACUCUCAAGGCAACAUCAACUACGAAAACUUUGUACAUCUGAUCAUGCAAGGUUAACUCAUGGUAUUACAAUGUUAAGUAAUUUCAUUCCCUAUGCAUUUUAACACAUACACCGGGGCAACAAGUAUUAGGCUGCGUUUAGAAGUUUAGUCACUUGAAAUACCGACGUUCACUAGAAAUCAAUGACGUACCUGCUGUAAGGAGCUAUGCAUUUUUUUAUCAAUUACUUUUUACUCAUCAAUCCCCAAGCAGCAGCCGG